UUGUUUUGUGUCCAGAUACAGGAAUCCGCUCUCAUCGGCUUCCCCAUCUCCUCCUCCCAACCCCGACUUUAGCUUUUGACCGUCAUCUCUCUGAGUUCCCUCCUCGUCGCGGAUAUCCAUCCCUGGCCAGCCCUCUCCCAACUGAAGCCUGCCUGGGCCAUUGAUAGCUAAGACCCAGGCACUCAAUCCGGUGGGAAAGUUCGCCGAUUGAUGAGGUUCGCCAUAAACUCCUGGAGGAAUCGCUGAGAGGAUGGAGGACGACUACCCCCAAAAUCCGCAUGUGCCCAUUAGCAGCACCAAAUCCAUUCUGAGGUCAGAGCUCUUAUCUCUGUUGAAAACAUACAACUGUUACCACGAAGGAAGAAGCUUCCAGCUGAGACACCGAGAGGAGGAGGGAGAGCUGGUCAUCGAAGGACUACUCAACAUCUCCUGGGGGCUCAGGCGGCCCAUCCGGCUGCAGAUGCAGGAUGACAACGAGAGGAUCCACUUGACGGCGCUGAGCUCGGGGAAGGCCGUCCCGGCCACGCUCAGUCAGAAGGAGCUGGUCCCCGAAGAAGGCAGAGAGACCCCCGAGGAGCCGGGCCCGAAGCGCCAGGACAUCCCCCAGGACUCAACAGAUUCGGUGAAUGGGGAAGAGGAGAUCCCGCAGUUGAUGAGAACCAAGAGUGAUGCAAGUUGCAUGAUACAAAGAAGAUCAAAAUACCGCCCGGUGGGAGAAGCUCAGAAGAUCAGGCGGCAUCGGUUCUCCAUUAAUGGGCAUUUUUAUAAUCACAAGACGUCCGUGUUCACCCCCGCCUACGGCUCCGUGACCAACGUGAGAGUCAACAGCACCAUGACGACCCCUCAGGUGCUCACCCUGCUGCUGAACAAAUUCCGAGUGGAGAAUGGCCCCGGGGAAUUUGCCCUGUAUGCCGUCCACGAAUCAGGUGAACGGACCAAACUGAAGGACUGCGAAUACCCGCUGAUUUCCCGAAUCCUGCACGGGCCGUGCGAGAAGAUUGCCAAGAUAUUCCUCAUGGAAACAGACUUGGGAGAAGAAGUCCCCCAUGAGGUCGCUCAGUACAUUAAGUUUGAAAUGCCGGUGCUGGACAGUUUUGUUGAAAAAUUAAAAGAAGAGGAGGAAAGAGAAAUAACCAAACUGACCGAGAAGUUCGUCAACUUGCGUGAGACGAUGAUGCUGCGCUUGAAGCAACUGGAGGGAGCCGAAUAGCUCGGGCGGCGGCGCAGCCCUUCCAGCGAUUCCCCUGCCGCCGCCAAACCCCGGCGAGACCCUCUCCUCGAACAGACGGCUGCCUCAAAGGAAACGGAAAGGAAGCAUCUUCUCUCGUUUCCCAGAGCUCCACUACUUCCCAGCCCCUGCUCCUAACUGCAUCUCUUUGGCCUAACGAGGGAUGUCAGCGUCGGGGUGACCAGACCCAGACCCGCUGAAUGAAGACCCCUGACUCUGGAGACCAGAUUUCUCAGGACCCGUCCCUGCCGGGCCCUGAGUUGGCGUCAGGACUCCGAACUCUCUCCUCACGGCGACGGAAGGGGAAUCGGCCUUCCUCUCCUCUCCUUAAUCCCGUCGUUCCUUGGAAAACGAGACAUGACAGCGUGAGAAGACGAAGGAGAGAGGAACGUCAAUCUUUCCCCAGAUUAGAGCCAGGCUGAGACCUGCAUUAUUAUUGUCAUUAUUGUUAUGAUACUUGUUAGGUGCUUACUGUGUGCCAAGCACUCUUCCAAGUGCUGAAG